AUGAGUGAAUUCUAUGACGCAGCGGAUGAGCAAAGUUUGAAAGAACUUUUAAGCAAAAUCCUCAAAGAACAUCGAAAAGACUUAUUGAUUGCCACGAAAUUUGGUAAUGUACGCGAUCCAAAUGGAGCAUUUUUUAGGCGUAAAUGA